CCGGCCUGCCUCCACUCAACAAGGGGAGGGAUGUUGCCGAAGCUCCUGCUCUCGCUGCUGGCAUUUCUCUCUCUGUUUUUAAAAACAAAACAAAAAACCCACGUCGCAUUGAAACAACCGUUUCUUUUCGUUGCUACCGGUGUUUCCGUAACCUUGGUUACGACACUGUCAGCCAACGGACAGCUCGGCACAAAGGCGUUCAGCCAGCUAACUCGCUAACGGUUACUAGCCUGCUAACAACACAGCCGGCGAGGACGAGCACCUCCUCCCUCCUCCUCCUCCUCCUUUUUCUUUUUUUGUUUUUUUGCGCAGCCACAGUUAAUCUCUGCUGACUCGCUCUGUGGGGUUUCACGCUAGCUGGUGUCGUGGUUGUAAUUUAUAUGUAACUUAUAAGUGAAGUCGCCGCUCAUGACUGGGACGUUGGAGCUCGGCUGGGUCGUCGGCGGUGUGUUUCUGAGCUAGCCGCGGCGGAGCUUCGGUCUCAUACGGGAGGGGGGGAUGGCGGCGGAAACGAGCUAACGCUACUCCCGUCUCUGUGAAGAAGUGAGUGCAAGAAGUGAGGAAACAGCCAAGUGGGAGUUCUCAGUUUUGUUUAUGUUAAUUUGUAAUUCCGGGGUGGAUGAGUCGAGGACGAGGCUGAUAAUCCCGAGUGGGGGAAAACGAAAAAACAGGAAACUGGGAAUAUCGCUAACAAAUCGAAGGGGAUUAUUUUUGUGUGUGUGUCUCUUAAGUGGAUUUCGGCCUCCUGCUCGGGGAUCGUCGUGGGAGCACGGUAAAGUGAUUUGACAUUGAGUGAGCCCACUCCCACCUUUUUAAAAUAUCCUCUCUCCCGCCGGACCUUCACUCUCCGAUGCGGAGAUUUCAGUAGCACCGGCAACCAGAUCCCCCCACGGCGGCCGGACAUGCUGAAGUGUAUCCCCCUGUGGCGCUGCAACCGCCACGUCGAGUCGGUGGACAAGCGGCAUUGCAACCUGCAGACGGUCCCCGAUGAGGUAUUCCGCUACAGUCGGAGCCUGGAAGAGCUUCUCCUCGAUGCCAACCAACUCAAAGAGCUACCAAAGCCUUUCUUCAGACUACUGAACCUCCGGAAGCUCGGCCUGAGUGACAAUGAGAUCCAGAGACUCCCUCCUGAGGUGGCUAACUUCAUGCAGCUGGUGGAACUGGACAUCUCCAGAAACGACAUUCCUGAGAUCCCCGAGAGCAUUAAAUUUUGCAGGGCCUUGGAGAUCGCAGACUUCAGUGGAAACCCCCUGUCCAGAUUACCAGAUGGCUUCACUCAACUACGAGCACUGGCCCACUUGGCACUCAACGACGUGUCAUUGCAGACGUUGCCCAACGACAUUGGAAACCUGGCCAACCUGGUGACGCUGGAGCUCAGGGAGAACCUGCUGAAGUCUCUGCCCACGUCGCUCUCUUUCCUGGUGAAACUGGAACAGCUGGACCUGGGCAGCAAUGAACUGGAAGUUUUGCCAGACACCCUUGGUGCUCUCCCCAACCUGAGGGAGCUAUGGCUGGACCGUAACCAGUUGUCCUCAUUACCACCAGAGCUGGGGAACCUCCGGAGACUGGUGUGUCUGGAUGUGUCAGAGAAUCGUCUGGAGGAGCUUCCCUCAGAGCUCAAUGGCCUCCUGGCUCUCACUGACCUGCUGCUCACACAGAACCUGCUGGAGGUCGUCCCAGACAGCAUAGGUUGCCUGAAACAGCUCUCCAUCUUCAAGGUGGACCAGAAUAGACUGACCAACCUCACUGAUUCAAUAGGAGAGUGUGAAAACCUCACAGAACUCGUCUUGACAGAGAACCUUUUACAGUCACUUCCUCGCUCGCUGGGCAAGCUGAAGAAGCUGACCAACCUGAAUGUAGACCGCAACCGUUUGGGCAGCGUGCCCAAAGAGCUGGGAGGCUGUGCCAGCCUCAACGUUCUCUCAUUGAGAGAUAACCGCCUGGGAAAACUGCCUGCUGAGCUUGCAGAUGCCACUGAGCUGCAUGUGCUGGAUGUGGCUGGGAACAGAUUACAAAACCUGCCUUUUGCCCUGACAAACCUCAAUCUGAAGGCCAUGUGGCUCGCAGAGAACCAGUCUCAGCCAAUGCUCAAGUUCCAGACAGAGGAUGACGAGCGCACAGGAGAGAAGGUGUUGACCUGCUAUUUACUGCCCCAGCAGCCUUCUCCGAGCCUAGAGAACUUGCUGCAGAACAGUGUAGAUGACAGUUGGACAGACAGCAACCUGAACCGAGUGUCAGUCAUUCAGUUCCAGGAGGAGACCAAAGCUGAGGAUGAGGACGAUGAGGCAGCUGCAGAGCGCAGAGGCCUUCAGCGCAGAGCCACACCGCACCCUAGUGAGCUGAAGGUGAUGAAGAAGGUGAUUGAGGAGAGGAGGAAUGAAGCUUACACAUCCAGACCUGAUGGAGAGGAAGAGUCCCACGAUCCACAGGAGAAGCGGCUCAGUGACCUGUCCAAUCAGAGCCAUGACUCCCAGGUGUCAAAUAGCACACUGUCAGCCACCUCCCAUGAGGACAGACACAAUGUGACUGUGGCCUCGCAGAGGGAGGACCUAGUAGAUGGCCACUCCCCUCAGGAGGAGGAAGAGCUGGAUGAGAUGGAGGUGGAGUAUAUUGAGCCCACUGUGCACUUUGCAGAGGAGCCCAUCAUCCGUGGUGGGGAUGAGGACGACGAAGAUGAUGGGGAAGAUGGCGAGAGGAGUGAAGGAGAAGACGAGAGGCCGACUUUUCCCACAGAGAAGCAGCGUCUGAUCAGAAAGGACACGCCACACUACAAGAAGCACUUCAAGAUCACCAAGCUGCCCAAGCCCGAGGCCGUGGCUGCCCUGCUGGAGGGCUUCAAUCCUGACAGCCUCAACUCUCCGUCAAAGGCCGCCGAGGACGAUCAGGACGAGGAGGAAGAGCAAAGUAUAUGCACCCCUCAGCACCAUCACAGAACAGAGGAGCUUGACGACAGCCGACUCCAGGUCAACUCCAGUCAAGUAAAGGGGGUGUCAUUUGAUCAAGUCAAUAAUCUGCUGAUUGAACCUGCUCGAAUUGAGGAGGAAGAGCACACCCUGAACAUCCAGCGACAAACGGGUGGCCUGGGUAUCAGCAUUGCUGGAGGGAAAGGAUCUACACCUUACAAAGGAGAUGACGAGGGAAUCUUCAUCUCCAGAGUAUCUGAAGAGGGUCCUGCUGCCAGAGCGGGGGUGAAAGUGGGAGACAAACUCCUAGAGGUAAAUGGUGUGGACCUCCACGAAGCAGAACAUCACACAGCAGUUGAAGCGCUUCGUAGCUCCGGCGCUACAGUUUCCAUGACGGUCCUGCGGGAGCGUAUGGUGGAGCCAGAGAACGCCAUCACCACCACGCCGCUGAGACCGGAGGACGACUACUUCCCGCGGGAGAGGCGGAGCAGCGGCGUCGCCUUCAACUUGGAGACGACUCAAAGCGGGCCUCAGCAGCGGCUCUCUACCUGUCUGAUGCGAAACGACAAGGGGCUGGGAUUCAGCAUCGCGGGGGGGAAAGGCUCAACGCCCUACCGCACAGGAGACACGGGAAUCUACAUAUCUCGCAUCGCAGAAGGGGGAGCAGCUCACAGAGACAGCACACUGCGCGUGGGCGACCGGGUGAUCUCUAUCAAUGGUGUAGACAUGACAGAGGCCAGGCAUGACCAGGCAGUAGCGCUCCUUACCGGCACCUCCCCCACCAUCGCCCUCCUAGUGGAGCGAGACCCGAAUGCACCAGGGGGCUCUCCAGGUCAAUCCCGGGCACGAGCCCACUCCCCUCCACCCCCAGAACCCUCUGAUUCACCAGACCAGGAGGAGGAAGGCCUUUCCCUUCACGGGAAUCACUUGAGCCAAAUGGAGGACGAGUAUCCCAUUGAGGAAGUGACCCUGGUGAAGUCAGGUGGCCCUCUAGGCCUGAGCAUCGUGGGAGGCAGUGAUCAUGCAAGUCACCCGUUUGGCGUCAAUGAACCCGGGGUGUUCAUCUCAAAGGUGAUUCCUCAAGGUCUAGCAUGUCAAAGUGGACUACGUGUUGGGGACAGAAUAUUAGAAGUGAACGCCAUCGACCUGCGUCACGCCACACACCAGGAAGCUGUACGAGCCCUGCUGGCCAACAAACAGGAGAUCCGUAUGUUGGUACGGAGGGACCCUUCACCACCUGGCAUGCAGGAAAUUGUGAUCCAGAAGCAGCAAGGGGAGAAGCUUGGAAUCAGUAUUCGUGGAGGGGCCAAGGGUCAUGCAGGAAAUCCCUUUGACACCACAGAUGAAGGAAUCUUUAUCUCUAAGGUGAGUUCGAGCGGCGCAGCAGCAAGGGACGGCCGACUGCAGGUUGGCAUGCGUAUCCUGGAAGUGAACAACCACAGCCUGCUGGGGAUGACACACACAGAGGCAGUGCGAGUGCUCCGUGCUGUAGGAGACUGUCUGGGCAUGCUGGUGUGUGACGGCUUCGACCCACGAAAGGUGGCUGCUGUGGAGGCAUCUCCUGGCAUCAUUGCCAACCCGUUUGCAACAGGCAUCGUCCGGAAGAACAGUAUGGAAAGCAUCUCGUCUAUAGACCGUGACCUGAGCCCAGAGGAGAUUGACAUUAUGCAGAAGGAGUCUGAGAUGGUGAGAGAGACAUCACAGUGGGAGCGAGAAGAAAUGGAGAAAGUGGAGCGUAUGCGUUUGGAGAGAGAGGAGGCAACUCGCCUGCUAGAAGAGGAGACUGAGAACAUUGGCACUGGACCUCUAAAACUUGACUACAAAACCCUGGCUGCACUGCCCACCACCAGUCUGCAGAAGCUCAACAGGUUCUCUACUUCUGUAAGUCUGACUGCUCCCAUGGAGGCCCCCAUGCAGGCCCAGUACGGAGCCCCAGUAGAGCCUCUGGGCUUCGGCUUAGGCCACCCCUCAAAUCCCCUCAGCCACAUGGACCCCGAGUCCUGCCACAGUCUGAACACAGAGCAUCUGCUCCAGUCUGAACACACAGAUUAUCUUCUUGGAUCCCAGUUCUCCUCCAAUGGGACCUCCACUACCGACAGUGCCGGCUCAUCAACAACCAUUAACUCAUCAACAUUUGCAGCUGAAGAAGAGGAAUGCCUGGUGGACUCUCAGCCUAUCUGCUUCAAAGAGAACCCUUUCUUGGUGGCCAAUCGCAAAGGAAAAGGCCGUCCAGCUGGAGAGCAGGUCCUGUCAGGGCCUCCGGUGGGCUAUGGGAAGCAAGGCCAACUGCAGCCCUGGUUGUUCAGCAAGGCGCCUCCUUCAGAUUUUACCAGGACGGAGAGCCCAAUCAGGGAAGCACCGUACUCUCCCACGAUCCAACCGCCAAGCCACCACUCUACCAACAGCUCCCCAUGUGCAGGCAGGGAGACCCGCUUCGCAAACAUUCAUUACACCUCCACUCCUACUGCCAAGGACGACACUUCAUCAUCAACGCGACCGGGUGCCAUCCAGCCAGUCGGGCGCAUGCGGCAGAGUCCCUCUCCCGCCACUCCGGACGGCCACAGUCCCAACCCCUUCCAGCAUGGCCCCUCCCCCUUCAACUCCCAGACCUCUCCUCGCGCCCCCUCCCCCACCUCGCCCGACGAGUUCCCCAUGAAUGUCAAGCAGGCAUACAAGGCAUUUGCCGCCGUGCCUCGCUCACUGGCAGUGCUGGAGCCGCCGCAGGACCUGUAUGGUGUGAGGAACAAUUUCCACCCAAAGCAACCUUCUCCAGAGCCUGAGUGGAACAACGAGGUGUUUGAUGAUGACAUAGAUGGUCAGGAGGGAGCUGGUAAGGGUCUGACCAGCAAGGUCUCCCCCCGUCGGGAGUAUAUGAGCCUGGCAGCAGUGCCUCGCCUCUCCAGGCCGUCCAUGGAGCUGCAGAGUCCUUCUCCUGGUGGUAAGGACAGCCCAGAGCAGCGCUCUUUCAGGGACCGACAGAAGUAUUUUGAGAUUGACGUGAAGCAGCAGACACCAGACAAACCCAAACCUCGAGUAUCUCUUGUCGGAGAAGAUGACCUCAAGAAAAUGAGGGAGGAGGAAGAGAGGAAGUUUGAGCAGCGGGCGCGGGAGUACCUGCUGGAUGAGGAGGAGGAUGAUGAGGAGGAGGACCUGGCUAAGCAGAUGGCACAGAUGAAGGCCUCUGGCAAAGUGUUGCUGGAUGGAGUGGAGUACAAAGUGGAGCCAGUAUCCAGCCCAUCCCAGCACUGUUCCACACCACCAAGCUACAACGUCACACCGCCAAGCUACUAUGGCAGCUCAGGGCCUUCCUCGGUUGAUGGUAAGGGAGACUCUCAGAGGAAUUCACUAGAGGACAGCUUCAGGCUGGAGCAGAGGCCUAACUCCAUGACUGGUCUGAUCCCCGUGUACCCCGGGGAGUCGGCGGCUCCCAUCCGCACAGCCAAAGCAGAGCGCAGGCACCAAGAGAGACUUCGUAUGCAGAGCCCCGAGCUGGCUGUGUCCCCCGACAAGGACCUUUCCCCUGCUGAGAAACGAGCUCUGGAGGCGGAGAAGAGAGCCAUGUGGAGGGCAGCACGGCCCUGUGGCCUAGAGGAAGAUGUUAGGCAAUAUGAGCAGGACCUGGCUAAGAGGCUCUACCAGGCCAGAGUGAGGGCAUCUCAGGGCACGCCCGAGGCCCCCCAGCCCCCCACCUCCUCUACCUCCUCCUCCGCAGCCUCCCAGCUCAGGAUGAAGUCUCUGGAGCAGGAUGCACUGAAAGCUCAAAUGGUCAUCGCCAAGUCGCGGGACGGGAAGAAACGUGGCACACUAGACCAGCUGACGGAGUCGCCCUCACCUGCCCCCACACCCUCUCCCACACCUAUGGAAGAGCUCAGUCCUCGAGGACUAACCUCUCCAGGCAGGCUGUCCCUGUCGUCAAAGAAGUUUGACUACCGACAGUUUGCUGCCAUUCCUUCUUCCAAACCCGUAUACGACAUCCAGGCAGACCAGAAGACUCGAGGGACCACCACAGUCUGCAAGUCCCCUGACACAGUCGAUGACAUGCAGUUCAUCGAUGACGGCUCCAGCAACCCAGGGCCCGCUGCAACCCCUGAGGCCGAGGUACCCACCGCGCUGCCUGCCACCUCAGCCCUGGAGGAGAUGGCUCUGUACAGCAACAAGCGCAAACUGAGGCAGGGCCGCCGCAGCCUGGAAACCGCCGUGCCCACGUAACACCUCACUCGGAGAGAAGAAAUCCGAAGACAAAAAUGCGAACACACACAUUAAAAUACACUGUGGAACACUGGUAACGCGUGGGCACGUCCACAGGAGGUGCAGAGUCACUAAACACUACACAGUGUCAGUAGAGCGAGAUUUACUCUCCUAUAUAUAACCACUGCAGAGACUACGAUAGUCACCACCCAUACACACUCACAUAUAUCCUGCGUGCCAGUCUUGCCUAUACAGUCUGUGGAUGAGUCGGCAAGUUGCUCAACAGUCCCUCAAGGGCAGGAAAGAGCUAGUGUGGUUAGCUAGGAUUGCUACUUACAGACCAUUCUUCUUUUUGUUGUUCCGCACUCGGUUUACCUAGUAGAAGCUGAUCUAUUUUAAAAAAAGGAGGUGACCGAAGUUUUUAGUUUUUUUAAUUUUCUGCACCUCUAAAUGAUUUUGCUGUAAAAAAAAAAAAAAAGAAAAAAAAAAAAAACAUACUGGAAGAGAAAAGAAAUGGGUCAUAGCUAUACUAACAAUAUUUUUAGGCUUUCAGUGAACAGAUUGUGAAAUGUCGGGUUUCUUGAGACUUGGGCGGACAGGAGUGUAUAUAUUAUUGAGGAGGGAACAUGCUGCUACCUUCACAGUCACAAGAGAGCUUUUUAAAAAAAAAAAAAAGAAAAUCCAUAUCUUUUUGCACUGCCACUGAUCAGCUUUUUUUUAGAACAUAUCUUAAGUAAUUUAUUGUUUUUAAUCCAUUUAUUCAAAUUGAAGGCCUUCUAUUUUACACUGUUUUAACCCAUCCAGUCCUUAUCAUUAAAAACAUUUCAAUGGUAGUUGAGGGUCACUAAGUCUUUCAGCUAAUAACUGCAUAUCACUUUAUAUCAUUGACUCUACUUUAUACACACUUAUAAAUUCCCCCAGGGGGUUUUUGAGAGGAGCAAAUACACAACUUGGAUUGCUUAGACAAAGUAUAGCUGUUGCACAUUGGACUUGUAAAGAGAAUCUGUCCAGAUUUAUUGACUGUGUUACAUUCCCCUUGUAGAGAAUAAGACAACACUGGAGGCAGCAGCUUUACAGAUAAACUGUUCUGAAUAUUAAAGUUUGGCAUUUUAGCGUAAUUUACUAAUUAACGGUACUUACCCUGUCCUGUUUAGGGUAUUGUUUUUUUAUUUUAUCAAUGUGAAUCAUUAAUAUCUAUCCUUGAAUUUUCUGGAGGUACUCCAGAGUGACGUGAAGGUAGCAGGUGUUUUUAUUUUUCUGUCUAUGGUUAAUUUAAAUCUGAUGCCACUGAAAAAUCAUUUAUUAUUGUGUGAAUAAUGUACAAAUGCUGAAAGGAAAGCAAACUUUGGGUUUAGAAACUGAGCCAGUCUUGACCUAGACCAAGCGAGUGUCUGGACUGCUGACGCGUCUGGGUUUGGACGGUGCCUGGUAUCGGGACGCUCUCUGCAUGUAUAUUGGUUUGUUAAUGGGAGAGCUGAAAGAGGCAGAACCGAUUAGAAAUCCCUCUCAAGACAUUGAUCUCAUUCAUUCAGUUCACUGCUCGACAUACCGUCAGUUUAUGUAUCUGAUGGGUAUUUUUGCAGAAUCACAGCAUAGUAGCAUUUGUGUUAAUUUAAUGUAGGGUCUUCUAAUGAUAGCUUUCCAUGUUGCUCUCACUGACUGAAAUUCAGUUUGUUUGAUAACAUUUGCAAUGGCUGAUAUUUCCUUUUUUAAACUUACAAUAGGUAAAUCUUUUUUUCAGAUGGGUUUCACUACAUUAUUAAUGCAGUGUUUCAAGUUUUUGUGUUUAUUCUUUUGUCUUGAGUUCUCUUUGGGGGUUUUUUUUUCUUCUUCUUGCAAAUAGGUCUGAGGGAAAGGGUCAGAAGUCCUAGGGUCAAGGGUUAGAGCUCAUACAAGACUGUAACUAGUGAAUUUGUACAACCAAAGAAGUCUAUUUUGUGGUUCAGGAAUAAUAAAUUUUACUUUUCAUUUAAGAAGCUGA